AACGGGUCCGGUCGUGGUGUCGGGCUAACCGUGAGCCACGCGUCCUGUAGUCGAGAGCUGCGCGUCGAUGAAAGUGCCUUCGGAUCUCGCGUUACGACCAAACACAACGACGAGUGUGUAGUUCAAAUCGGACACGUACCUACGAUACAAUAUAUAUGUAUACGUAUUGUGCCGACGCCGUGCUUACGAGCUGCUCCGCGUAAACGGCACGAGAUCAGUCUAAUCAGACCGUCGCGUCGUGUACGAGUAAACGCGCGCUCGACGAACAGAAAGUAAAAAAAAAAAAAAAACGUCGCGGAUCUUUAAUUGAAUGGUUAUGUUUUUUGUGCGGUAAACCGAUUCUUCGCGUGGACCGUACUACAGGACCGAUGUCGAAUUCGAUUCCGUUUACGAGACGGCGAUGAUAAAAAAAAAAAAAAUGCGAUAUAAUAUUAUAUGUACCUGUGACUUGUACAAUAUUUUAUUACUUAGGUAUAUAGGCUUUGCAUUGUUAUCGUUUACGCGCUACACAACUCGGACAGUAAAGAUCAGUGUUAUCGGUGUAGUUGGUGAACGAUGAGCGCUCGCAGCAGUAGCAGGAUCAAAAGUCCUGUGGGAUGCAGAUGCCACUACAUAUUGAAACGAUGUAUGGCCAUCCAUCUUCAGAAACAGUCGCUUGUCCGGUACAUUCCGCAACAAGCGGAAACUUCUCCGUACUGGAUGUACGACAACGGGUACCUAAUAUUCCAGAGCUUUUUGGAGUCGAAUCUAAAAUGUGUCUGGAAUCGAAGUCUCGUGGAGGCGAUGCAAGUGGUCAAAUACGAGGGAUACGUCUCGCCGGGAGUGUUGUUGCUCACCGGUGAUCCAUGUUCCAUGGAGGUAAUAAGAGGCGCCUGGUGUCGUAAUGUGCUCAGGCCACCGAACAGUUACGUUAUUACUAAAAUCGGCGACGUUGAAGAUUGCGUGGUGGAGGACUUGAACCAAGGACAAUUUACGCCGUUAUCCGAAGCCCUAUGCCUAGUCAUACUGGAGCUGACCAGCGCAAACCAAAAUGCCACAAUUGACACUGUGCGUUCAGCCCUAAAAAUAUUUUUCUCUAACAUACAACCGCCAGCCGAACACAUUAUCUACGACGCGAUGGUCAAUCUCAUGUCCGAUAAUAAGAUAUACCAGACCUCCAGGGGUUACUUUGUUGUGACGCCGGAGGUGCAGCGACUUGUCGGUUCAGCGACCGCUAGCCCUGCACACAGUUUGCGGUUAGGAGGAAGUAGCCGGUACAGCCCAAGCAAAAAAGGGUUCUUGAUGUCUACAGAAGAAGCGUACAUGAAGGUGCACGGUGACAUAGAGACCUUAAGAGACGGUGAUCAAACUCAUCAAAACAUACAGACCAAUUUGGCAGACAUCAUAUCCGGCGGUAAUUCGGACGAUAAAACGUUGUCGCCCAGGCGGGAUGCAUCCGGCGAGAGGCUGGGCAGACGCAACUCGCUCAGGACCAGCUCGUCGUCCCGCCGCUUUCAGACCACGCUACAGCGAAGCGGUUCGAUGAGACAGAUAUCGAAUAAAAACAAAACUGAAGAAUCCUACGGCGGCGUGUCCGCGGAGCCGAAAAAAUCGCCGGGUAUAUUUUCGAGACUGUUUGGCAGCCGCAGAUCGAGUUCCAAGUCCCGAAAGUCUAACAACUACUGUUGUGCCACUCAGUUCCCUCCGGACGAAUGGUUCAACAAGAGUGUACAACCACAACACUCGAUCUCUACUCAAACGGAGAAGGACGAAGACCAAUCGAAACAACAGUGGCCGACCGCGAGGUUGACUAGGAGCGCGACGUUGCCGAGGAAAUCGCGAACCGUGACGGCGGGCCCGUCGUCGGUGGCCUGCAGCAGCACAGUGGACGGUUGCGGCGGUUGCCAUUCGGACAAGACGCCGGCCACGACCAAGAAGGCGUACCCGUCGAGCGGUUCGUCCGGAUACAACUCACUGCCCCGCAUGAACGGCGGCCGGAAGUCGUCGGGCAGCGUGAAAAACUCGCCGUCGUCGGAACUGUCGUACAAGAUCGCCGCCGCCGCCGCCAAAGCGGAGGACGCAAAACCGGACACGCCGACCGGCCGCGGCAGCAACUUCGAUUCGAGUUACAGCUGCGACGAGAUAUCCGUCAACGACUCGUCCAUCACGCUCACGGUGAUGGCCGCGACGCCGCCCGUCAAGCCCAAGACGGCCGCGGACCUGCGCCGGGAAUACUUCCGGGGCCUGAGCAAGUACGGCCAGCCGGCCACCAACGGAAGCUACAGCCCCGCCGGUGGCGGCGUCCGCGCUAAGAAUCAGCAGCAGCAGCAGCAGCAGCAUCAGCAAAAGUACUUCAACCGCAGUGCCAGCAGCGGUCGCGACAAACAGGCGAUCGCCGCGAGUCUGCACAAAUAUCUGGACAACGCGUGUAAAAUCAAAUGACGGCGGUUCACCCACACCACCCGCCCACGUCCUUUUUUCUCCUCGUAACAACAACAACAACAUCGUAUUUAUAGUAUAGUCGUUGCUGCGUCCGUUAUCGUAAUAAUAUAUUAUGAUAAUAUUUAGCAGGUAUAUACUACGUUUCUUCUUGGACGUCCAUAAUAUUUGCACCGUCGUAAAUCAUAUGUAAUAUGAUAAAAUACAAUAAAAUACAUACAGCGAACGACUCUUAUCCGCGAUAUACUAACACGACGACGACGCGUAUAAUAACAAUAAAUUAUCGUGCAAUACGAUAAUAAUAUAUUAAGAGUAGUGUUACAAUAAUAUUAUGAUAAUAUGUACUUAUAAUUUACAAGCACAUAAUAAUUAAUAAUAUAGGUAAAUUAUACAUACUGUUAUAACAUAAUAUACGUACCUAUACAUGACAAUAUUGUUAUUGUACGGGCAGUAUUGUAAAUUCGGCUCGGCAAUAAUUAUUAUUGCAAAUUGUAAAAAGGUCAACGUUAUUAUCAUAAUUUGUAAGCUCGACAGUCGGCACCGAUUACCCCGGGUAUCUCUGUCUGGUACGAUUUGGACGUGGAGACCGAGACUAGUUUUUUUUUUAUCGUUUAACUAUGCUAAUAACAUUAUUAUUGCUAUGAUAUUAUUGAAAAGCAGUAAUGACCGGAAGCAAAAGUUUUUUUUUGUGUGUGUGUUGAGAGUCAUUUAUAGUAUAAUAUUAUCGACAUCACACUGUACAGAAUAUACGGCAAACGAACAAUUCUCGUUAUAUCUAAUAAAAAAAGUUUUAUCCGUUUUCAUUACAUGUUUAAAAUGAUCGAUGAAAAUGAGAUAGAUCAAUAAUAUUAUUAGGUACUGAUAUCAAUAAGUUAUAAUAACAAAAAGUUAUUUUACGUAUUUUUUAAAUCGAACGUCUUCAAUAAUCCGUAAAUCCCCGCCGUUGUCGCGGUUUUUUUUGUCUUCCCAUGAUUUCCAGCAAUUUUUGGGGCUUUGUUUAAAAUUACGCACGUCAAUUAUUACGCUGGUAAUUGUUACCAGCAGAUUGAUACGAGUCGUGGUAAUUAAACGUCGUUGUGGUGGAAAAUAAAUUAUCGGUACCGACCUUACAAUCAAUUUUUUUUGCAUUAGGGCCGAGUUUACGUUUUCCUGUUAUGUGCGAGUAUAUACCUACAUAAAUAUAAAAAAAAUUUACAUUGUAUAUACCUAUAACUAUAAUACAACCCGCUGCGUCCAACCUAUACAUAAUAUAUUAUGAACUUAUGAUAUUGUUAAAGGAAUGCCAUAUAACAUUUUUUAUUUAUAAUUAUUAUUAUAUACAAACUAAUCAAACAGUACUAUAUUAUGUAUUAUUAUAUUUUUUAUUAUAAACGAUUAUAAUAUUAUGUUAUUACUUAUAUAGUACACUUUUUCAAUAUUUUAAAUAUAUUGUAUACUUAGUCCAUACUUUUCUUUUUAUGCCAAUGUGAUAUUUACAUACAGAUAACAAAAAUAAGCCUACUCAAUAAUAUUCUGUAUACGGUAUACCAACACCAUUUUAUUUUAUUGUUGACAACUUGUAUGUGACGACGAAUGAGUAGGUAUACUCUUAUUGUAAACUUUCUGGGCUUAUAUAAUAUUAUAUCUAUUAUAUGCCUAGAUAUAAUAUCACUUGUUAUAAGAUAUAUAUUAAUAAUAAUUUAUACUUAACUGAAUAAAAUACAUAAUAUUAUUCUAUUUA